AUGGCAACUGAACAGUCUGCCCUCGAGCUCAAGCAGCAGGGCGCCAUUGAGGCUGCAGGCAACCCUGAUUCCUCAGUCACCAGCGAGGAUGCCCAGAAGAAGAUGGUGGAGGAGAGCAGAAAUGCCGGCGUGACUGCCUACUCCUUUGACCCGGACGCCAGUCCCGAGGAAAAGAGGCGGCAGAUCAGAGCUAAUCGCCCCGAUGAUUUGAAUCUUCACCGAAAACACCAAGCCGUAGCAGUAGCGACCGAUGCCGAUGACGGUGGUGUCAAAGCCGAUUACCUCCCAGCAGCCUCCAAGGCUACCGCGGUCGAUGUCGAUUCUGAAGAGGGAGGACACUCAGCAGAAAACCAGGAAGAUAAAGAAGCAUUGGCCGCCAAAGUCGGGUGGACAUCACAAUUUGGGUGGCCGCACGAGAGCGUUCUCGAGGGUGAAAGUCUCCUGGAUCACCAGACAUGGGUAGAGGGAAAAAUUCCCGACAAGUUCUAUGGAGAUUGGUACCACAAUGCCGGAGUCAUCAUCUUCGCCUGUCUCGCCUCCUGGCUAGUUGCCGUGCUAGGCGGUGGACUGGCUUGGGUUUUCAUCGUCAUGGCCAUCUGUUCGACCUACUACCGUACCUCGCUGCGACGUGUUCGUCGUAACUUCCGCGAUGACAUCACGCGCGAAAUGGGCCUCAAGAGACUGGACAGCGACACGGAAUCACUCGAGUGGAUCAAUGCUUUCAUGCUCAAAUUCUGGCCAAUCUACCAACCUGUGCUUGCAGAGACCAUCAUCAACGCUGUUGAUCAGGUCCUAAGCUCCGCAACGCCUUCGUUCCUCGACAGCCUGAAACUCAAGACGUUCACGCUAGGCUCAAAGCCUCCACGGAUGGAGCACGUCAAGACUUACCCCAAGGAAGAGGACGACACGGUCCUCAUGGACUGGAGGUUCAGCUUCACGCCCAACGAUACGGCCGACAUGACUGCCCGCCAGGUCAAGAACAAGGUCAAUCCCAAGGUGGUGCUGGAAAUCCGUGUGGGCAAAGCUAUGAUCAGCAAGGGUCUGGACGUUAUUGUCGAAGACAUGUCCUUCUCAGGCAUCAUGCGUCUCAAAAUGAAGCUGCAAAUCCCCUUUCCUCACAUUGAAAAGGUUGAGAUGUGUUUCACAGAACGCCCAGUUAUCGACUACGUCUGCAAGCCGCUGGGUGGUGACACAUUUGGCUUUGACAUCAACUUCAUCCCUGGAUUGGAAGGCUUCAUUCUAGAGCAGAUCCACGGCAAUCUUGCUCCUAUGAUGUACCACCCCAAUGUGUUCCCCAUCGAGGUCGCCAAGAUGUUGGCUGGAACACCAGUCGACCAAGCUAUCGGUGUCGUUGCUGUCACCCUCCACGGUGCCCAAGGCCUAAAGAACCCUGAUAACUUUUCCGGCAAUCCUGAUCCUUAUGUUUCUCUGACCCUGAACAGGCGCUCUGAGAUUGCGCGGACCAAGACCAUCAAGGAUACGCCGAAUCCAAAGUGGAAUGAGGUUCACUAUGUUAUCAUCACAUCUUUCAAUGACUCUUUGGACCUGAUGGUUUACGAUUACAAUGAAAUUCGGAAAGACAAGGAACUUGGUGUGGCAUCAUUCAAGCUGGAGCAUAUUGAAGAGUUGCCAGUCCAUGAGAACCAACGUCUCGAAGUUAUUGGAAACGGCAAGGCUCGCGGUAUCGUUUCCGCUGAUAUUCGCUUUUUCCCAGUUCUCGAGCCGAAGAAACUUGAGGAUGGCUCACUGGAGCCACCUCCCGAGUCUAACACUGGUAUUCUGCGCUACACCGUCGAGCAGGCCAAAGACCUCGACGGCACAAAGAGUUUGGUUGGCUUGCUCAACCCCUAUGCCGAGCUCCUGCUCAACAGAAAGGUUAUCCAUACCACCAAGAAACUUAAGCGCACCAACAACCCCAUUUGGGACAACGGCUCCAAGGAGAUGCUCAUCACCGAUCGCAAGAAGGCCGAGCUUGGCCUGGCCAUCAAGGAUGACCGUGAACUGGCUGGAGAUCAACUGAUUGGAGCUCACAACAUCAAACUGGACGACCUCUUGGAAAUGUCUGCUCAAGGUAAAGAUUGGUUCCUCCUUUCAGGUGCCAAGAGCGGUCGUGUCAAGGUCACUGCACAGUGGAAACCCGUGGCAUUGUCUGGUGUCUUGGCUGGAAGUGGCGGUUAUCAGACCCCGAUCGGUGUCAUGCGACUGCACUUUAAGAAAGCUCGCGAACUUCGUAAUUUCGAGACUAUGGGCAAGUCGGACCCUUACGUUCGUGUGGUUGUAUCUGGAAUUGAGAAGGGACGAACCGUUGUGCACCGCAAUACUCUCAGCCCAGAGUGGGAUGAGAUCAUCUACGUUCCCAUCCACUCGCCCCGUGACAGACUCACUUUGGACGUCAUGGAUGCCGAGAAGAUGGGCAAAGACCGCAGCCUUGGUCUCAUUGAACUCUCGGCCAGCGAUUACGUCGUUCAGGACGAGAGCGGCGAGUACAUGGUCCACGAUAAGAAGACAUUGCACGAAGAUGGCCUAAGAAUUCAUGGAAAGGGUGUUCCCAAGGGUGUCCUGUGCUACACUACUGCAUUCUAUCCCUGCCUCAAUGUUGCUGAUCCAGAGGACGAAGAGGAGGAAGAGGAAGAAGCCGCUGCAGCGCCUGUCGUAAAGCAGUCACUCGAUAUCCCUCGAUCUGCAGAAGCUGGCAAGAUCACACCUUUGGAGCGCACUACUACGAACACAUCUCAAUUGGAACCCGCAACUCCAGUCACGCCCACAAUGCCCAAGUCUCCAACUACGCCUUCCACUGCUGGACGCAAGUCGCGCGAUCAACCGCUACAAGUGCCCAAGGUUCACUUGAACCCAGAAGAACUUCUGAAGCACGAGUCGGGUUUCCUCAUUUUCAAGCUCAUGGAAGGCCAGAUGCCAAAGCAUGGUACACACUUGGAGGUUUAUGUUGAUGACAUGGUCCACCCGUCUUAUGUUUCCGGAACAGCCAAGUCAAAGAGUUUCAAAUUUGACGAGAUUGGCGAUUGCUUCAUCCGUGAACUCGAGUUUUCGCGCCUUACUCUCAAGGUCCGAGAGAAGCGCGAAAAGCCAGGCGAGGAGAGAGAUGAGGACCACACUAUUGCACGCCUCGCUGGCAACACACUUGAUACCCUCAAGCAGUGCCUGAACAACCCCACUAUUCUUAAACUGAAGGAUGAAGAGAACCGAGAGACUUUCAUCAAGGUUAGCUUGAAGUACAUCCCAGUAAAGAUGCAUCUCGACCCCAGCGAGAGUAUCAACAACAUGGGCAACCUACGUGUGGACGUUCUUGACGCAACAGACCUGCCUGCUGCAGACUCGAACGGCAAGAGUGAUCCGUAUGCCAAGUUUGAGUUCAAUGGACAAGAUGUGUUCAAGACCAAAACCGUCAAGAAGACACUUAAUCCUACCUGGAACGAGUACUUUGAGAUGCCGGUACCGUCGCGAACGGCGGCCAAAUUCAAUGUCAAGGUCUACGACUACGACUUUGCGGAUAAGCCCGACUUCUUGGGUGGAGCUAGCAUCAAUCUUGAGCACUUGGACCCGUUCAAGGCAAAGGAAGUUAAGCUGCUUCUGGACGGCAAAUCGGGAUCCAUCAGGCUGAGGCUGCUAUUCCGCCCUGAUUAUGUGACGCGCUCUCGUCUGGGUACCGGUACCUUUUCUGGCACGUUUGGUGGCCCAGGAAGAAUAGUGACUGGUGUCGCCGGUGCCCCCAUCAAGGGUGGCGCUGCAGUUGCCGGCGUAGUCGGCCAUGGAGUUGGCAAGGGUGCCAGCUUCAUCAAGCGAGGUUUCACCGGUCGCAAGAAGGAUGAUGAGAACGGUUCAGCCCUGACUCCCACCAGCUCCGAUAUUCCAACCAUCGUCGAGAAUGGUGGCGGUUCUCCAGCUUUAGGGCCUGGCAUUGGUCUAAGGAGGACCAGCGGGCUGGGCUUUGACGGCGGCGCACCACCACGCACACCCCCAAGUUCCUCAGAGGGUCCAGGCCACCACCGAGUUGUCAGUGCUGGUGGUAUGUCCGUGGCCAGUCUGGCGCCGGGUGGUGCUGGAGCUGGUACUGCCACGUUCCAAAUCAUAUCAGCAUCAGGGUUUCCACCAUCAGCUGAUGUGUUCGUCCUUAUCCGCCAACUAACUCCCAGGGAGAGGACUGUUGGAAAGACGAAGCACCACGAGUCGCCAUCUGGACAGAUUGAAUUCAACGAAACGUUCAAGCAUGCUUGUACUGCCGACACGCAAUUCCGCGUGGAAGUUAAGGGACAUCAUACAUUUGGAAGCGACGACGAUUUUGGUGAAGCCCUCUUCUUUGUGAGCGACCAAGGCUCUGCUGAGAAGGAGAUCAGUGUUGGCUCUGGAACGGUUGUAAUCAAGAGUUCCUUCGCCGAGGCUGCGUCGUCCCUGACAGCCGACAGCCCGAAGAGCACGAGCGGAAUGCGUCGAAGCUUCUUAUCUAAGAAGGAGAGCAGACCCAGCCGGGAGGGCACGCCUAGUUAG